CCGCCCCUGCGCCGCGGCCCUGACCGACACCGCACCGCCCGGCCCCGACACAGCCCCGCCCCGGCACAGCCCGACCCCGCCGCCGACAUGGGCACCGUGCACGCCCGGAGUUUGGAGCCUCUUCCCAUGGCUGGGCCAGACUUUGGUGCCUUGGGAGAGGAGGCUGAACUGGUUGAAGUUGAACCUGAGACCAAGCAGGAAAUUCUGGAAAACAAAGAUGUGGUGGUUCAGCAUGUGCACUUCGAUGGACUUGGCAGGACCAAAGAUGACAUUAUCAUGUAUGAAAUAGCUGAUGUUUUCAAGGCUAAAAAUCUCAUUGAUGUCAUGAGAAAAUCACAUGAAGCUCGUGAAAAGCUGCUUCGUUUAGGAAUCUUCAGGCAGGUGGAUGUUCUGAUUGACACCUGUCAAGGAGAUGAUGCCCUUCCAAAUGGUUUAGAUGUGACCUUUGAGGUGACAGAAUUGAGAAGGUUAACUGGAAGCUAUAACACCAUGGUUGGCAACAAUGAAGGCAGUAUGGUCCUUGGGCUCAAGUUCCCAAAUCUCCUUGGGCGUGCAGAAAAAGUAACCUUCCAGUUCUCCUAUGGGACAAAGGAAACUUCAUAUGGCCUGUCCUUCUUCAAACCCCGGCCUGGAAACUUUGAAAGAAAUUUUACAGUUAAUGUGUAUAAGGUGACUGGACAGUUCCCUUGGAGCUCUCUCCGUGAAACAGAUAGAGGAAUAUCAACAGAAUGUAAUUUUCCAGUCUGGAAGACCAAUCACACCGUGAAGUGGGAGGGUGUGUGGAGGGAGCUUGGCUGCCUUGCUAGAACAGCGUCCUUUUCUGUUCGAGAAGAAAGUGGACACUCUCUUAAAUCCUCUCUCUCUCAUGCCAUGGUAAUUGAUUCCAGGAACUCCUCAAUCUUGCCAAAACGAGGUGCUUUGCUGAAAAUCAAUCAGGAGCUGGCUGGUUACACAGGUGGAGAUGUGAACUUUCUAAAAGAGGAUUUUGAGUUUCAGUUGAAUAGGCAACUUUUCUGGGACUCGGUCUUUUCAGCAUCACUCUGGGGCGGAAUGUUGGUACCUAUUGGAGACAAACCAUCCAGUAUUGCUGACAGGUUUUACCUCGGAGGACCAACAAGUGUGCGUGGAUUCAGCAUGUACAGCAUUGGACCCCAGAGUGAAGGUGAUUACCUGGGAGGAGAAGCCUACUGGGCUGGGGGUGUGCACCUCUACACCCCUCUCCCUUUCCGGCCAGGCCGUGGAGGGUUUGGAGAUCUUUUCCGGACACAUUUUUUCCUUAAUGCUGGGAACCUCUGCAAUCUUAACUAUGGUGAUGGUCCCAGAGCUCACCUGAAGAAGCUGGCAGAGUGUAUCCGCUGGUCUUACGGUGCCGGAAUUGUGCUCCGACUGGGAAACAUUGCAAGGCUAGAACUUAACUACUGCUUCCCCAUGGGAGUACAGGCUGGGGACAGGAUAUGUGAUGGUGUUCAGUUCGGAGCAGGAAUAAGAUUUCUAUAAUACAGAAACAUUUUACAUCACUAAAUGAAAUUGUGCUCUGUCAUUGAAAUCAAGACUAUAAUAUACUUUGAUAAGGUCUGACUUUUUUCCUUGAAAUACAGAUACAUAUCUGAGUGAUUUACCUCUUGGACUCCCCAAGAAACUACAUUAAAUAAUUAUGCUGUAAAGGUU